ACGUGUUUAAUUGUUAACAGACCGCCGCCCGCGCUCUACACGCAUGUAGUUUGUAGGCUCUUUCAGACUCACUUCGAACUUGAGCUUCCUCAAGCACCGGACGACAGUGCGUGCAGUAGGAUCUACAAUUACAGAUCUACAAUAACAGAAAAAUGGUUCACAAAAAGAAAAAACCUCAGAAGGAACGGGAAGAUACACCAGAACCAGAAAAUGUAUCAUAUUUUCAAAUCUUCCGGUACGCUAAGUGGGUGGAAUUGCUGGCCACGGUCGUCGGGAUCUUAGCUGGACUACUGAGUGGUGGAGGCGUGUGCUACAAUCUCGUGCAGUUUGGAGAACUAAGCACAGCAUUCGUGGAAAGGACAGCUCAACAAGAUCAAUGUUCCAGUUAUCUCCCUCUCACUUCAAUUUUCGGAGGAGGGCGGCGGUUAUGCAAUGCCUCAUACGAAGAAAACAUGAAGGCGCUAGUUGAGGACGGCACGUCCAUGGCAAUAGGAAUGAUCAUCAGCGUAGUUGUAUCCCUCGUGCUAUGUAUGCUGUCGGUCGCUCUAAUCAGCUGGAGCGCUUUGAGACAGAUCACCAGAAUCCGAAUAGUAUUCCUUGAAGCAGUCCUGCGCCAAGACAUGUCAUGGUUUGAUACCGAUUCAGAAUUCAAUUUGGCGACUAAAAUGACAGACAACAUGGUGAAACUAAAAGAAGGAAUGGGCGAAAAGUUAAGUGUUGUGGCGAAUCUCGUUGGCACUGCUAUAAUAUGCUUAUGUCAGGCAUUUCCCUUGGGCUGGGAGCUGACUCUAGCCUGCAUCACAGUGGUGCCAUUUUCUAUUACUGCUUCUGUUAUUUUGUCCAAGUACCAAACUAAAUCUUCUAUUCGCGAACUAGAAUCAUACAGUCAAGCAGGCAAACAAGCUGAAGAAGUUCUGAAAUCUAUUAGGACAAUAGUUGCGUUUGGCGGCGAAAGUAAAGAAGUUGACAGAUACCGGCGUCUCUUAGAGCCUGCAGAACGUUAUGGCAAGAAACGUGGUCUAUAUACUGGACUAGGCACAGGAUUUAAUUGGAUUCUUACGUACUCGCUCAAUGCAAUUGGUCUCACAUACGGCACGAGACUCGUUCUCGCCGACAUGGAUAAGCCGACGGAUGAAAAAAAGUACCUUGUUGGAAUUUUAUUCAGUAUCUUAUUUAGCGUUUACAUGGCUACCCAAUCAAUCACCCUCUGCGUACCUCACGCAGAAAUAUUCGCUUCAGCCCGCGGUGCAGCCGCCAGUAUAUUCAAAAUGCUUGAUAGAAAACCCACUAUCGACUCACUCGAACGUACUGGAGUUUCACCGAGACGAGUCUUAGGAGAUAUCGCAUUAGAAGACGUACACUUUAGCUAUCCAUCGAGGCCGAAUGUAAAGGUGCUUCAAGGGUUUUCAAUACACAUAAAAGCUGGAGAAUGUGUCGCACUUGUAGGAUCCUCCGGUUGUGGCAAAUCUACUAUACUACAGUUACUGCAAAGAUUAUAUGACCCUCUCCAUGGCACUGUAAAACUGGAUGGUAGAAAUCUUAAAAACUUAAAUUUGGGUUGGCUCAGAUCUUCGUUGGGUGUGGUAGGUCAAGAGCCUGUGCUGUUCCGAGGGACAAUUCAUGAAAACAUUGCCAUAGGGAGCCCUGAAGCCACUCGGGAGGAUGUGCAGAGGGUUGCAGAUAUGGCGUAUGCACAUGAUUUCAUCACACAUUUGCCUAAUGGCUACGACACAAUGAUUGGUGAGCGAGGUACCUCCCUCUCUGGUGGUCAAAAACAGCGUAUAGCUAUUGCGCGUUCCUUACUGCGCGAGCCAGCUGUGCUCUUGCUGGACGAGGCUACAUCAGCUCUUGAUCCACAUUCAGAGCGACAAGUGCAAGCUGCUUUAGACAGAGCGAGUGUGGGACGCACUACACUUAUGGUGUCUCACAGGUUAUCUACAAUCGUAAAUGCUGACCGUAUUAUUUGUAUGGACCAAGGGACGAUAGUGGAACAAGGAACGCAUGAAGAACUUAUGAAAACUAAAGGUUUCUAUUAUAAACUUGUGACUACUGGCAAUGAAAAUAAGGAACCGGAUGUCAUAGAAACUUUACCUGAAGAAGAAAACGAUAACGCAGAAGGCGGUGAACUGACGGUCAUAUCGAGAGUAGAGGUUAAACGAAGAUCUACUAGAAGAUUGGUCAGGCAUCAUUCGGUAAAAAGAGAAUCCCACGAUUGGAUGACACCGAGAGGUUCUAUCACAUCGGUGAUGUCUGCUGGGCUACAAAACUUCGUUUACAACGCAGACUACGACUCAGAUGAGGAAAAAGAUGACGAGGACGUGAAACCAGUUAGUGAUUGGCAACUCCUAAAGCUAAAUGCACCAGAAUGGCCUUUCAUAGUCGUAGGUUCCAUCGCUGCCUUCAUUCAAGGUUCUUGUUUCCCGGUGUUCGCUUUGCUCUUCGGAUACACAGCAGGGAUAUUUGUGUUGGAAAACCGUAGCGACAUCAUAUACCAAGCGGACUUCUACUCUGGCAUGUUCCUAGUUGUAGCAGCAGUUGCUGGAUUGUCUAUGUUCCUUCAAAGCACGACAUUUACAAACGCUGGUCUCAAGAUGACUACAAGACUUCGACAACAGUAUUUCUCUGCUUUACUCAGUCAAGAAAUCGGCUUUUUCGACAAAGAUACUAACACAGUAGGAGCAUUGUGCGCUCGACUUAGUGGCGACGCAGCUGAAGUACAAGGAGCGACUGGUCUGAGGAUAGGUCUCAUCCUGCAGGGCACCAGCUCUGUCGUAGUAGGCUUUAUCAUGGCCGUUUGCUACAACUGGAAAUUGACUCUUGUCGGCACUGCCUUUCUGCCUUUGAUGGUUGGAAGUAUCUGGCUAGAAGGAAUCGUUUCACAAAAAUCGCAAUCCGAUGAACGAAGCGCCAUGGAGUCCGCGACAUCGAUUGCCACCGAAGCUGUCGUCAGCAUUAAAACUGUGCAAAGCUUAGGCGUUGAAGAGGUAUUCCUGAAGAAGUUCAAGGAAGCCUUGGUGGUUUCAUGCGCUGCUGUAGCCAAGAAGACGAGGUGGAGAGGUCUCGUACUGGGCUUGGGAGUUUAUGUGCCAUUUCUGUCAUACUGCAGUGCCACUGUCUAUGGAGCGGUGCUCGUCGCUUACGAAGGAGUUGAAUACAAAGUUGUAAUGCUGGUUAAUGAAGCACUCAUGUAUGGAGCGUAUAUGUUGGGACAGUCACUAGUUUACGCUCCGAGUUUCAACUCUGCGAAAGCUUGCGGUGCGAAGAUUUUGGCGAUCAUCAAUCGGGAGCCGAAAGUAAAAACUGAAACUGGAGUUAGAGAUAGAAAAGAUUGGACUGCCACAGGCAACUUCAGCAUUAAAGACGUGGAGUUCAGCUAUCCAACGCGUCCAAACCAGCGAGUGCUGAAGGGCAUAGACCUGAAGGUGGAUGCUGGAAAAACAGUCGCGCUAGUGGGAUCUUCCGGUUGCGGCAAAUCAACCAUACUACAGCUGAUGCAGCGGUUUUAUGACCCUGACACGGGCAAUAUCGAACUGGAUCAUAGGGACACUCGUUCAGCUCUCACGCUUCCACGACUCCGACGUCAAUUGGGCGUGGUGCAGCAAGAGCCGGUGCUGUUCGACCGCACCAUUGCCGAUAACAUAGCGUAUGGAGACAACAAUCGAAAGGUCACAACUCAAGAGAUCAUCGCCGCUGCUAAAGCUGCUAAUAUCCAUAGCUUCAUCGUCUCUCUUCCAAAGGGAUAUGACACGAACUUAGGAGCAAACGGUGCCCAGUUGUCCGGUGGUCAGAAGCAAAGAGUUUGUAUAGCGAGAGCACUUAUAAGGUCCCCACGUCUGCUGCUUCUAGACGAAGCAACUUCUGCUCUAGAUGCCAACAGUGAAAGAGCUGUAUCUGAGGCUUUGGACAAGGCGGCUAAGGGAAGAACAUGUAUAACAAUCGCCCAUCGUCUUUCCACCAUUAAAGAUGCAGAUUUAAUUUGUGUUUUAGAUAAAGGUAAAAUCGUCGAGCAGGGUACGCAUACUGAACUUAUCAACGCAAAGGGCUACUAUUGGCGGAUGAGUAAAGGACAAAAUAUGGCUUAGGAAUAU